AACGCCCCUACCUAGAAGUAGAAGAUGGACGUCGAACGGAUGUUGGCAUUGCGACUGGCAUAGCUCUCAAUUAGAUUACAGUGCAAGUUUACUCCAAACACGCUGUUAAUAUAAAGCAAAAACAAACUUCUGUUACUGAAUUUUGACAGACCAUUUUCAUUCAUCACCGUCAGUGUCUUUGGUCAACUAGCUAGCUGAUGUUAGCUUGCUUGGUAGCUAACAGUUGCGUUAGCUUAUUUUUACGGGUUUAGCUAGUGAGCUAAACUUGUCAAGAAAUUACAUUAUUUAUUGGCAUAGUGAACGGUAUCUUGUUGGAUUUGCUUACAGCGAAAUAGUUAUCGUUCACGUUUGAACUAUUAACUAGUCUCAGGCGGCCUUUGCAGUCGGCGCAAGCUGGCCAGCGCAGUAACGUUUAGCUACUGUAGUUAGCUAGCUAUGGCUUCCAGGCGAGGAAAUUGUAACAGCGGCAUGGAUUCUCCGUUGAAUAGCAAUAGCACAGCCGGUGGUGCUAAUCGUAAACAAAGUAUAAUCAACGCACCAAACCGAGCUGGGACUGAGUCUUGUGAUCGUAAAGUAGAGAAAGCUGAGUAUGCGCACCAAGCAUGCCAGGGCAACAUGACUAUAUCCUCACUCAAGACACGGUUAGCCCCGACCAUUCGAACCACGUUAUCCGCUGCUGUAGAUACCCUCUUGGGCGAGGUAGUACUUGUGCUCAACGAGACCCAACAAGAGCUGGUUAACAAGGAGCAGGAGAACGAAAGGCUCAAAGUGGAAUUGAGGACGUUGCAGGAAUGUCUUAGCAGCGCCCAAAAGUUAAUUGACCAGUUGCAAAUUCCUUUCCCUGGUGCACAGACCAUGGGUCAGUCAGUUUUCGCCCCCUCUCUCACAUCUAUUGGCUCUAUGAACACAAGUAUGGACAGGGACCGCCAGAGCCACCGUAAUGUCAAUGGCGCGGACGGACGGUGUGUUUCCGGAGUCGACCUAGAGAUGAGUGGCUCUCUCAAUGAGUCUCUGCAUGGGUACGACUCCAGGGAUGACUAUAAAAUGUGUCAGCUCUCUAUCCAACCAGACGGCUCUGUGACCAACCAUUCUAUGGACUCUUAUGCUGCCAACACACCUAACAUCUGCUCUGACCACAGCCGGCCAGAUGAGAGAAGGCAGCAGCAGGGGACACGAGCAGGAGGAACAAGAUUUGAGAUCAAAGAAGAGCAGGGGCCUGGUACAAGUUCAGGUCCAGAGCAGGCUUGCAGGAGAGGGCCAGGGCCGAGGAGCGCCGGGGGUGCUGGCGGCAGUGAGCAGACGGCCCAGAAUGUGGGUGAUCUGGGAUAUAUCCAUGUGGUGGAGCAGGAGGGGUCAUUGCGCUCCGGCAGCUACUCUCUUCGACACCCAAAACCCACGAGGCCACGUACUGCCACUGGUGGUCCGACUCAGGGUGGACUGGCAGGACAGAAAGUGGUGUUGAGGUCUCCUGGAACAGUGGGAAGGGACAGCAUAUCCCCAGGGAGGGCGGGAGAGACAGCAGGACCAUCCACCUCUCCAGGAGAUCCAGAUGCAGAUCGGCCCCACCACUGUCUAGAGUGUGGGAAGACCUUCCGCCUCAUCUCCAGCCUGAAGAAGCACAUCCGCAUCCACACAGGAGAGAAGCCCUACCCGUGUGGGGUGUGUGGCCGCCGCUUCCGUGAGUCAGGGGCCCUGAAAACCCAUCUUCGCAUUCACACAGGCGAGAAGCCCUACUCCUGCUCUGAAUGUCCUAAAAUCUUCCGCCAUUUAGAUGGCCUGCGCAAGCACCAGCGCACCCACACGGGUGACAAGCCCUAUGUGUGUGCCAUCUGUGGCAAGCGUCUGAGCCGACUGCAGCACCUGAAGCACCACCAGCGCAUCCAUACUGGAGAGAAGCCCUGCAUCUGCCCCUUCUGCAACCGCACCUUCAAGGAGCCAGCGGCACUGCGCAAGCAUGUCCGCACUCACCGUGAGGAGUCUGGCAACAUGGAGGCAGGCCUGGGAGAGGAGCCGGACCCAGACGCCCUGGACAACAUCAACAGCCUCCAUCCUGCUGCCCCCUCCCCUCAGAUGAGGUUUGAUGAGUGGGGAGCUGAAGGGGACGAUGUGGACUGUGUGUAGGAUGGCCACAUCCUUCUGCCUUGUGCAUUAGGAAUAUGACAGUAAAGAGUCUUCCUAUUCCAUUACUGUACUGCGUGAGGAAGUCUAAAAUUCCAUCCCUGAGAAACAGGCUAUCUACAUCCUUAGUAUUGUCACUUGACCAGGGUAGCCUAUUCAUUUCAGAGACACUUCCUGUGCCUGUCUGACCCCCUGACAUAUACUUUAGUGCAUUAUAAUCUUAGAAAUGUGAAAGUAGUUUAUAGAAUAUGAAAUGUACCCAUGUCUCAUGUCCCCCUUCUCCCAUGCAACUCCACAAACUACCUGGUGUGUAUCAUCAUUGUCUGCUGGAGAUACUCAUCCUUUAAGGUGCUCGUCAUGUGUAUUUUCAUAUGGAAUGGAGUUAUAUGCAACCAUGUCCAAAGACCAUUUUAUAGAAUUGUAACAAUAGUUAGUUUGCUACUAUUAAUGCCACCGCCAUGGUGACAUUAAACGGAGACUCAGCGAUGUGACGUUACCAUGAACAGCAGUGCAAUAACUUCAGAAAGAGCGCAAUGCCUUGUUAGCAGUGGUGGGGGAAAAGUACCCAAUUGUAAACAUACCUUAACAGACACUGACUCAAGUGAAUGUCACCCAGUAAAAUACUGGAGUAAAAGUCUAAAACUAUUCGGUUUUAAAUAUACUUAAGUAUCAACAGUAAAUGUAAUUGCUAAAAUAUACUUACGUAUCAAUUGUAAAAGUAUAAAUGGUCAAAUUCCGUAUAUUAAGCAAACCAGAUGGCACCAUUUUCAUGUUCUAUUAAUUUAUGGAUUACCAGGGGCACACUCCAACACUCAGACAUCAUUUACAAAUGAAUCAUUUGUGUUUAGUGAGUCCGCCAGGUCAGAGGCAGUAGAGAUGACCAGGGAUGUUCUCCCUGGUCCAUUUUCCUGUCCUGCUAACCAUUCAAAAUGUAACGAGUACUUUUGGGUGUCAGGGAAAAUGUAUGGAGUAAAAAAAUACAUUAUUUUCUUUAGGAAUGUAGCGAAGUAAAAGUGGUCCAGAAUAUGAAUAGUAAACUACAGCUACCCAACAAAAACCUACUUAGGUAAAAAAUACUUUCAAGUAAAACUUAAGUACUUUACACCACUGCUUGUUAGAACCCACCCACACAGAUAUACUGAUAAACAGCUGCAUAUAUUUGUACCAUCCAGGAGUGUGAUAGCUGUGUGGUAAUGCUGACCAGAUGAGCUUCUUCCUACUCUCUUCGUCAGAAGUCGAUAUUUGUAGUCACGUCAUAUUGCUGAAUGUACUUUUAACGAUUAAUGCCACCAUGAAAUGUAAAUAUGUAAUCACUUGCAAUUGUUCUAAUUCUUCCUGUUAUUGAUCGGCCCAUUCAGAGAGAAAGUGGAAACCA